CAUAACAUCUCUUUAUUCAGCUUGCAAUGUCUCAUCUCAAUCCCAUACUUUGCUUACAAUGCAAAGCAACUGUGCGCUUUCCCUCUAUCACUCGAUGCAUAAUGUCCGUGCCAUACGAGUAUCCCCUCUAUCAAUGAUGACGCUUUGUACGGCAUCACAUCCACAAAGAAUUCAACCCCAUCAAUGAACGGCCGCCCUUAUUACGGCUGGCCAAUCGAGAACCACGCUGAUUACAGUCGAGAUCGACGUGUCUAGCCGGUUUUGGCCGCCAAGCUAGCGCUGCUCUCACUAUCGACCCCCUUUGCACGUCGUCUUCCUCUCCGACGAGGUCGCUCGAUAGCUUGCUGGAGAUAUUACCUGAGGAUGUAUUUCACCAUGGGCCGAUUAACCGUUCUCCGAGCAGUACUCGCCGAGAAUGGUAGCUAUGACGAGUAACUUCCUGGUUCCCUUCCGGCUGGUGAGAGAAAGCACGGUGAGCCCGGUGCGAUGGCGUCGCUGUUCAUGCAGAUUUGACUGGAACCAUAUGGUCCACACCACGUGACUAGCAGGCUGAAUGCACGUGCGUUGGUCGACGAGGAGCGUAUGCGCUCAUACAAAGUUCCACGAUGGACAGCAGGCGGGAACUUGGACGUGUGCAGUACGUGAACCUGGGAAGUAUUGUGACUAUAUGCGCUCACGGUCGUCUGCUCGUGAGAUGGGAUGCCGUUAGGGGCGGUGAGGACGCCAGUGAAGGCUCGGUGUUUUGCAGAGCGGCCAUUGCCAUCUACAGGGAUAGGAGUGUUGCGACGUUCCAUGAGCGAUUCCAGACGAAUCAGGGAACAAGUCCAGCGUAUCAAAUGUCCACGACAAAUUGGGUCCAAUGGAUCAAACGCCGGGUCAAAGUACAAAAGCCAGUUCCGACUUUGGAGAUGAAACGGUGAAGUCAAGAAGUCAUUGUAUUGAAACCGCCAUAGUGGAUAUUUUUGAAUAUGAAGACGUAUACUUUGAAGACGGAGAGUCAUGUUUUUAGCAAUGUUGAAGUGAAGUAUAAGUCUGACAUAACAAAAUAAUAGGAGGGACAGGAGCACGCCAGACAAAUCUCCGCAGCCAUUUUGAGUCAGAUAGCAUGGUGAGCACG